CUGCUGGUGGGAUGCUGAGCGUGAGGAGUGUAUGCCCUGUCGCUGCAGUCUUUUCGGCUCUAUGUCUCCGCGCUGCGACAUCGAGGGUCGCUGCAUCUGUCGCCCCGGCUUCGUGGGCCGGCGCUGUGACCUGCGUCGCCUAAGCUAUGAAAGGCGGGAGACACGGCGGCCUGUGGAGCGGGUUCCCAUUGAAGCUGUACAGCAGAGAUGGGGGGGCACCUCCCGUACAGGGGGUUGUCCCAGGGGAGCAUACAAGCCUCACACAGGGCCUCAGACUCACGGCAUCACUACAGGUGGAGCUUGUCUCCCAUGUCACUGCAACUCAUUUGGUUCCAAGUCCUUUGACUGCGAUGAAACGGGUCAGUGUCGGUGUCAGCCAGGCGUCACAGGACCCAAAUGUGACCGAUGCUCAAGAGGAUUCUUUAACUUCCAGGAGGGUGGCUGCACACCCUGUCAGUGCAGUCAUGUGGGGAAUAACUGUGAUGCAAACACCGGUCAGUGUAUCUGUCCUCCUCACACCAUUGGAGAGAGGUGCGAUCGCUGUGCUCCAAAUUACUGGGGCCAUGACAUCAUAACCGGGUGCAAGGAGUGCGGCUGCAACGUGAUCGGCUCAGUGACCCAGCAGUGUAACGUGAACACGGGCUGCUGCUUCUGUCGCGAUUCCUUCAGAGGAGAGAAGUGUGACGAAUGUCAGAUCGGAUACAGAGACUUUCCUCAGUGCAUCCGAUGCGAGUGUAACGCUGCAGGAUCGGACAGCCAGACCUGCGACCUGGAGAGAAAAGUGUGUGCCUGCGCAGAUCACACUGGGAAAUGCAGCUGCAAGGAAAAUGUGGAAGGCCACAACUGUGAUCGCUGUAAACCAGACACAUUUGGAUUAUCUGUGAACAAUCCACUAGGCUGCAGCAAAUGUUACUGUUACGGGCUGACACACUCGUGCACAGAGGCGCAAGGACUUGUAAGGAUGAGGUUAACUCUGAGACCGGAACAGACGGUUCUCCCCUUGGUGGACAAGUCCAACACCAUCGAGAGGAGGACAGGGGUCAGCUUCCAGCACCCCGAGAUCCUGGUUCAUGCAGAUCUGGUCACAUCAGUUCUAUCUGAGCCCUACUACUGGAAACUUCCGGAGCAGUUCACAGGUUCCAUGAUCACAGCAUAUGGUGGGCAGCUGAAAUAUGCAGUUUACUACGAAGCCAGAGAUGAAACUGGUCCUUCCUCUUAUGAGCCUCAGGUUAUCAUUAAGGGUGGUCCGAACCACAACGUCGUGCUGACGCGCCACGUCCCAGGACUUCAGAUUGGACAGUUAACCCGCCAUGAGAUCGACAUGACCGAGCACGAGUGGAAGUACGCAGAUGGUCGAUCCCUGACUCGAGAGGACUUCAUGGAUAUUUUAUUCUAUGUCGACUAUGUUCUAAUUAAGGCAUCACACGGCAGCUUGAUGAGAAAUAGCCGUAUUUCAGAGAUCAGUUUAACUGUGGCAGAGGCGGGAACUCCGGCAGAAGAAAAUGAGCAAGCCUAUCAGAUAGAAAAGUGUGACUGUCCUGCUGGAUAUUCUGGACUGUCCUGUGAGGAGUGUGCUGCAGGUUUCUACCGUCUCCGUUCUGGGUCGCAGAUAUCUGUUCCAGCGUCCAGAGUGCCCACCGCUGCCGGCAUGGGCAGCUGCGUUCAGUGCCAGUGCAGCGGGCACUCUUCCACUUGUGACCCUGAGACAUCCAUAUGCCAGAACUGUCAAGACAACACAGAGGGGGAACACUGUGAACGUUGUGUUCCUGGAUUCUACGGUGUGGUCCGAGGGUUUUCUGAUGACUGUAAACCCUGUGCCUGCCCUCUUACCAAUCCAGAGAACAAUUUAAGCCCAACUUGUGUAUCUGAGGGAUUUGAUGACUAUCGCUGUACUGCUUGUCCUGAGGGAUAUGAAGGAAAAUACUGCGAAAGGUGUGCUACUGGUUACCAUGGUAACCCAAGGAUGCCAGGUGGCCAUUGUGAGGAGUCCUGUGAUGAUGAGUGCUCGGGUCUGCUGAUAAGCGAUAUGGACCGGCUGUAUCGCAUCCUCACCGAUGUCACCCUGACCACACCCCUGCCCCCACCAUAUAAGGUUCUGUACCGCUUUGAGAACAUGACGGAGGAGCUUAAGCACAUGUUGUCGCCUCAGAAAGCUCCGGAGAGAUUACUGCAGCUGGCUGACUCCAACCUGGGCUCACUGGUCAUUGAGAUGGACCAACUACACAGCAGGGCCACUAAGGUGUCUGCUGAUGGAGAGCAGGUGGAGGAUGAUGCUGACAGGAUCCAUAAUGGAGCUGAAGACCUGGAGCAGUUUAUCAAGGACAUCCUGCUGGGAGCCAAAGACCUUCAAUCCAAGGCUGCUGAGUUGAACCGGACCCUCUCUCGGAAAGAUGGAACUCCAGACAAGAGCCUGAGCGAGAUGAAGGAGGAGAUCCAGGCCAUGCUAGCCGAGAUGAGGAAACGACAGCUGGGAGGGAAGAAAAGCAUUGCCGAAGAGGAGGAGGAUCUAGCAGAGGAGUUGUAUCAGAAAGUCAAAAGACUGUUUGGGAACCCGCAUCAGACCACAGAAGAUUUGAAAGCAGAGAUUAACGAGAAGCUGUCUGAUCAUGAGGGGAAGCUCCAGGAGGCUCAGGAGUUACUUCGCUCCGCUCAGGGACAAACGAAGCAGGCUGGUUCACUGGCUGAACAGAACCGAGCCAACCUCACCCUUCUGGAGAGGAAGCGGUCUACAGUCGGUGCGGUGAAACAGGAAGUACAGAAGGUCCUCGGAGAAGGAGAAAACCUUCUGGAGGAGGCAAACCAACUUUCUGACAACGUCAACAAGGAGCUAGAGGACCUGGAGAAGAUGGAGGAAGAGCUCGUUCCUCUUCAUCAUCAGCUGGAUGACAGAGUCCGGCACCUUACUGAUGGCUUGAGCGAUGGUAGCCUGGCUAAGCAUGUGCAGGAGGCAGAGGAACACGCCAAGCAGCUGAACGGAUCUGCAUCCAUUUUAGAUGGUAUUUUGGCUGAAGCUAAAAACCUCUCGUUCAACGCAACAGCUGCUUUCCAUGCUUAUAGCAACAUUAAAGCCAACGUUGAUGCAGCAGAGAAAGAGGCGAAGGCAGCCAAACAGAGGGCAAGUGAGGCGCUGGCACUGGCUUCGGGUCCAGAGGUUCCAGUAAAAGAAGCAUCUCAGAGUGCCCUUCAGAAGAGUCAAACACUGCUGAACAAGGCCAAACAACUUCAAAAUGAUGUUAAAGAACAUACAGACAGUGUGGCCGACUUGAAGGGCAGAGUUAAAGCGGCAAGAGACAAAACCAAAGACCUUCUCAAAGCUGUUAAUGGAACCAUGGCAACGCUCAACACCAUUCCCAACGAUACAGCUGCUAAGCUAGCAGCUACAAAGGCCGUAGCAGCAGAGGCCAACGCUACAGCCAUAGAUGUCCUCGAGCGCCUUGGAGACUUGAACCUGCGGAUCGGAGGUCUGCAGCAGAACUACAGCAAGCUGGAGGACACAGUCGAUGCAGCCAAUCAGAUGAUCCAGGACCCAGAAAAAAACACAAUCAUUCAUGCAGCAGGCGCUAAAGUGAAGGAUUUGGAGGAUGAAGCUGACAGACUGUUGGAGAAGCUGCAACCAAUCAAAAAGCUGCAGGACAAUUUGAGACGCAACAUUUCCCAGAUCAAGGAACUGAUCAACCAGGCCAGGAAACAAGCCAAUUCAAUCAAAGUGUCUGUUUCAUCAGGUGGUGAAUGUCUUCGUAGUUACCGCCCUGAUAUCAGAAAAGGCAGAUACAACACGAUUGUCCUCCAUGUUAAAACCACCACGCCUGAUAACCUCCUCUUUUACUUGGGCUCUGUUAAAUAUGUUGAUUUCUUGGCCUUGGAGAUGAGGAAGGGGAAAGUGAAUUUCCUUUGGGAUGUGGGAUCAGGUGUGGGUAGAGUUGAGUAUCCCCAUCUCACGAUCCAUGAUGGGAACUGGCAUCGAAUAGAAGCGUCUCGUAAUGGUCUGAAUGGCACCAUAUCCGUAUACCCUCUGGAAGGCUCCAAGGCCGGCAUGAUGUCGACCCCAGCAAGUGCCAACUCACCCACAGCUUACACCAUCUUGGACGUUGACCAAAACGCCUACCUGUUUGUAGGAGGAAUAUUUGGGACUGUCAAGAAAGCAGAGGCAGUAAGAACAUCAACGUUCUCUGGCUGCAUGGGUGAGACCUUCCUGGAUGGUAAACCCAUUGGUCUGUGGAACUACAGAGAGAGACGGGGAGACUGUAAGGGUUGCGUUGUCAGUCCUCAACGUUCUGCUGGUGAGGGAACAGUUCAGCUGGAUGGUGAAGGCUACGCUGCAGUGGGAAGGCCCACCAGGUGGAACCCGAAUGUUUCCACUAUUACCUUCAAGUUCCGCACUUUCUCCUCUGAGUCUCUGCUCAUGUACCUGGCCACAGAAGACCUGAAGGACUUCAUGUCCCUGGAGCUGUUUGAGGGAAAAGUGAAAAUGAAUUUUGACCUUGGGUCAGGAGUGGGCACGGCCAUAUCUAAUAACCGCCACAACGAUGGACGCUGGAAAUCCCUCACUAUGUCAAGGAACAAGAAACAUGCCACCAUGAUUGUUGUGGACAUCGACAGCAGCUCUGAAGAAAGGAUUACAGCUACUUCUCAGGGUUCAGCUACCGGUCUGAAUCUCAGGGAAAACCAAAGAAUUUAUUUUGGUGGACUGCCAACCAUUGGAAACUACAGGUCAGAGGUGACUUUGAAGAGAUACGCCGGUUGUCUGCGAGAUAUUGAAGUCUCCAGAACUCCAUAUAAUCUCCUCAGCAGCUCAGAUUAUACAGGAGUCACUAAAGGAUGUAAUGUGGAGAACCUGUACACGGUCAGUUUCACUAAGCCGGGAUUCAUGGAGCUGGACGGCUUCUCCCUCGCCGUCGACACAGAGAUCAGCUUGUCGUUCAGCACCCUGGAGGACACUGGGACUAUCCUACUGGCAGUGGGCGGAGCUUCACCGACCAGCAACGAGCCUCGCAAGCCGAACUCCAAGAGGAGACGAAGACAAUCAGGAGAGCCCUACCUCUCAGUGAUGCUGAACAAAGGAUCCCUCGAGGUCUUGAUGUUUACCGGAAGCCACAGUCCACGUCGGGUCAUCAGACGCCCCGAGCAAGGGAUGCUGAACGAUGGCAGAGAGCAUUCCCUGCGUAUAGAGAGGCUGCCUGGCAGAUUCUUUACGGUUCAGGUUGAUGAGGAGCCCAAGAGGGAGGCGGCGCUCCCUAAUGACCAGCCGAUGAGCUUGCAGCGCGUCUUCCUCGGCGGUAUUCCUGCAGAAGUUGAGCAGACGUCCAACAGAGCCAACGUCCCAUUCCGGGGAUGCAUCUGGAACCUCAUGGUUAAUGCUGUAUUAUCAGAUUUCUCCCAGCCUGUUUCCUUUGAAAAUGCUGAAAUUGGCCAGUGCCCCAACCUGGCUCCACCACCACCUCUGCCUCCUCUACCAGAAGAGGAGGAUCCUGGGAAGGAGGAGAUAAAAACAGUCACCCUGGCCCCCAUCACACCUCCUCCUGGUCUCCCUGCUGAAGCCACGCCCCCUGUUCCACUUGCUGUUACGCCCACUUCACCUGUUGCUGCAGCGCUGCCCACUGCUAAACUGGAUCCCAGCACAGACUUGGAUUCUUGCGCUUCAGCUGCGGCCCCGGUGGCACUCGAGGAGGCGUAUCAGUUUGGACUGACCAGAAACAGUCACAUGAGCUUCGCCUUCGAUGACACCAAAGUUAGAGAGAGACUGAUUCUGGACUUCGAGCUGAGGACAAAGGAGCAGUCUGGUCUCGUUCUGUACAUGGCCAGAAUCAACCACGCUGACUUUGUUUCCAUACAGAUCAAGAACGGACUGGUUUGUCUCGGUUAUGAUCUCGGUCAUGGAAACAUCUCGGACUGUGUUCCUUUAUCCAUUAAUGACGGCAACUGGCACAAGAUCCGUGUGAAUCGUGACAAGCAGCAAGGUUUCUUAAUUGUUGAUGGGCGGUACAGCAAAAAGAUGAGCAGCCCAAAAAAGGCGGACCUGUUGGAUGUGGUGGGAACCCUGUAUGUUGGUGGAUUGCCACAGAACUACACUACCAAGAGAAUCGGACCGAUUCUCUACAGUAUCAAUGGAUGCAUGCGUAACUUCAAGAUGGCUGGAAGUCCUGUGAGCGUCAAGUCUGCUUCCGCAGGUCGUUCUGAGCUGGAGGACUUCAAACUGAGCAUGGCCACGCCCACUUCCAGUCACAUGGUUGGGAGAUGUUUCGUUGCGACUGAAGCGGGAACAUAUUUCGAUGGCACUGGGUAUUUGGAAGCAGUUGCCUCCUACAGGGUGGGCUUGGACGUGUCGAUAGCGUUGGAGUUUCGCACCAGUAGAACUAACGGCGUGCUCCUGACUGUCAGUAGCCAGGCCAAUGACGGACUGGGUCUGGAGAUUGUCCAGGGCAAGCUGCUGUUCCACGUUGACAAUGGAGCCGGUCGUAUCACGGCAGAGCAUGUGCCUGAUGGAGAAGGCUUCUGUGAUGGACGGUGGCAUUCAGUCACUGCCAGCAAGCUUCGCCACAAGCUAGAGCUGGUGGUUGAUGGGAAGCAGAGCAAAGCCCAGUCUCCCAAUCCACGCUCCAACACCUGCAACACCAAUGACCCCAUCUACGUUGGUGGAUUUCCAGUUGGCGUUCGACAGGCAGCUGUUUCCACCAGCAGGUCCUUUAGAGGCUGUAUGAAGAACCUGAAGAUCACGAAGGCCUCCAAGACCUUGGAUGUGCAAUUCAACAAGGCCCUGAAGAUUAAAGGAGUGCAGCCUCUCUCCUGUCCAGCUGGACUUGCUGAACACUACUAAAAAAAAGUUUGUUUUUAAAUAAAGAUUGAAGCUGUGCUGUUCUAAA